CGGUUGGGGUUUGAUCUGCCCGAGGAUUCUCGGUUUGCAGCGCACGCAGUUAGUGCCGUGUGGCUCUCAGUCGGCGCCUUCACACGGGGAGAAGAACGGGAGGGCGGGCGGACAUGUCUCACAAACAGAUCUACUACUCGGACAAGUACUUCGACGAUGAGUACGAGUAUAGGCAUGUUAUGUUACCCAAAGAACUUGCAAAGCAAGUACCAAAGACUCAUCUUAUGUCUGAAGAUGAGUGGCGAAAACUGGGUGUUCAACAGUCUCUGGGAUGGGUCCAUUAUAUGAUGCACGAACCAGAGCCGCAUAUUCUGCUUUUCCGAAGACCUCUUCCAAAAGACCAAGACAAAUAAAUCUCACUUACUCUUCUGGAAUCUUCUGGGACUUUGUAAAUAUUCUAGUAUUCAGUGAAUACAUAAAAUUGUACAAAAUCAUUCAAAGCUGUGUAUGAGCUGUAUUCUAAACAGCAAUAGAGCUCAUUGUGAUACAGUGGGUUUAGACUAUUUAUUAAAAAAAGAAAUUGUACUAGCAGUCAUAAUGAUGUUUUCUUCCACUAGGAAAUGACCAUGGCUUCUGUUUAUUUUUAUGUGGAUUUUUCUCUUGUCUUCUCUUUCGCUGGUUUCUGUUGUGAAUAAAGUUAAAUGCACCUCUUAUGUGUGAUUUUUUUUUAAAA